GUCAAGUGUCAGUUCAUCAGUUGACACAUACAGGUUGGAGCUAUUGCAAAAGUAAAUAAAUUAUGAUUUUGUAUCAAUUUGAACUCAUUUUAGAAAUUGCUUGAUUAUUUUUACCAGAGUUUUUAAAAACCAAGUACUCCUGAUACGAGAGAUUCAAUCUUUAAAAAGUUAAAAAUGUCUCUAGCACCGUACACAUGUGCUUUAGAUCCUGAAACAGGGACGACCAUCAAAAUAUAUCUCAUAAAGGACGUAAAGAACGUGGAAACGAUAAGGAAUAACAUUAUAAACGGCGUCUGGAAAUGUGCGGUGAUAAAACCUAGCUUAAUAUUGGACCUGUUUCAAAUUGUAGUCGCCGCGAACCGCGCAGUUUUAUCAGAAAAAACAAAAAGUUUGGUCACUAAGACUGUAUAUUCGGAAAUUCUAUAUAACUUGUCAUUAAGUAAAAAUAUAUCACAAAGUCUAACUAAAUUUGGUAUUGAAAAAGAUAACAGUAUCCUAGUCUGUUUUCUAGUUAAUGAUAUAGGCGAAACUGAAGAAAUUAUAAAAGAAAUAGAAGGUGAAUUAUGUCCAUUGAGUGAUUUAAGUAAUUUUACAAAUGUAAAAGACAUUAAAAGUGUAUAUAAAUUGAACAAUUUAAAGUCUGAUGAUAAUUUACUUGAUGUUAUUGUAAGCAAAAUAGUCACUAAGAGUUUUGUUAGUCAUUAAAUGUUUAAAA